UGGUCCCCGAGGUGAAUCAUUCCGUUACAACCGUGGGCCCCAAGUCUCCUCCAGGCUGGCUGCUGCUACUAUUUCAUUUCACGCCGCGAGAGGCGAAGCCUUCCAGAAGCAAAUUGCCGAACACCCACCGAGCGAGCGAGAGCGAGAGCGACAUGGCGGCGGAGGCGUGGAGGGCGCGCUUCCGGGAGCGUGUGGUGGAGGCGGCGGGACGCUGGGAGCGCGUGCGCGAGGGCCUCGCCACGGCGCUGGCGCACGUGACGUCGCCGAUGCUCGCGGCCGACGAGGAGGCGGCGGCCGCCGCGCGCACCAGGAUCCAGCUCGCGAUGGGACAGCUCGAGGACGCGUCCAGAGAUCUCGCCUCCGCGAUGUCCCUCAUGAAGGCGGCCGAUCUCCUCGCGCUCCACGGCGACAGCGUCAACCCGUCGACGUUUCUCGGCGGGAUCGGCCACCUUGGCGCCCAGUACCUCGCGGAGCGGAUCGCUGUGACCAAGCUCCGUGAAGCCUGGGAGGACGCCCGGGACGCGUACACCAAUGUUGAAUGGUGCCGCAGCCACCUGGAUGCGAUCCUCCUCAUGCUGGACCAUCCGCAUCUCCCCAGCGUCGACGGCUUGAUCGAGGAGGAUCGCGCCGCCGCCGAUGGUUUCCUCCAGGCCGCGAUAGGGAGAGCGGAGUUGGGCAACGAGAGGGCCGUCGACGCCCGGCAGGACGUAUCCGGCGCCAACUGAUUCCGUCGAGACUUCGUAUGCUUGAUACCUCGUUGUUCUGUCGAUCUCUUUUUUGCGUUUGCCAUUCGACCUGCUCCUGCUUUGGUAGCUGUUCAUGCCGUCUGAUCGAUGAAUUCCGAAACAUUGGUUGAACAUUUUGGUUGCAUUUGUGCACUUAUGCUAGCUGUACGACUCGAUCCUCA